CUCUGUAUCGUCCCAAGCUCUGUGAAGAUGGUCCGCCAAUUCAAGCACCACGAGCAGAAGCUACUCAAGAAAGUCGACUUCCUUAACUGGAAGCAGGAUGCGAACCUCCGAGAAAUCAAGGUGAUGCGCCGUUAUCACAUACAGGACAGAGAAGACUACCACAAGUACAACAAACUGUGCGGUUCCCUCCGCUCUUACGCCCACCGCCUUUCGCUGCUGCCCGCGCAAGACCCAUUCCGCGGCAAGAUGGAGGGCCAUCUAUUGAGCAAGCUGUACGACAUGGGCGUACUCAACACCUCUGCGAAACUCAGCGACAUCGAAAACAAGCUCACUGUGGCCGCAUUCUGCCGGCGGCGUCUGGCGGUGAUUAUGUGCAUGGCGAAGAUGGCAGAGACUGUCAGUGCCGCGGUAAAGUUCAUCGAGCAAGGGCACGUUCGUGUGGGACCGGACACGAUCACAGACCCUGCAUACCUCGUCACACGGCACAUGGAGGACUUCGUUACGUGGGUCGAUACCUCGAAACUCAAGCGGACCAUCAUGCAGUACAACGACGAGCUCGACGAUUUCGACUUGCUAUGAUUGCUGUUUUUCUCGCACGCCGCAGCGCGCGCGUGUGCGCCUCACGCUCGGUCUCGCUGUUUUCGGCUCCUUGCAUGUCAUCCCUCGAUCGGCCUAUCGCGCGUUCGCCGUUACCUACCGCCCUCCUAUCACCCCGUCGCCGCUUCUGCUGCGCGCCGUACCUCGCAUGUGGGUUGUCCCAUCCCGCUUCGAGGGAGUAGGGACAGCAGUGCUGCCAAACCUUGUCGGCGUCGGUCACGGCGCCACAGCAAUCCACCCGAUCCUCGUACUACUCACCUCAGGUUUGCCGACAUCUGCGCGCACAAUGACCAUUCGCGCCCUCCGCCUUUGCGUAGCAGAGCCAGAGCGGUACUCUUCCGGACAUCCCGCGUCCUGCGUUAAUCCGCAAGAGGAGCCAGGCCUCGUAUCCAAUUGGUUCACUAUCGAC